CGGUGUGUGCAGGACCCGGCCCGCGGCCCCAUUGUGCGUCUGCCCGCGCUGGCCGGGAACAUGUGGGUGAACCCCGAGGAGGUGCUGCUGGCCAACGCGCUGUGGAUCACCGAGAGGGCCAACCCCUACUUCAUCCUGCAGCGGAGGAAGGGGCACGCCGGCGAUGGAGGCGGCGGUGGCGGGCUGGCGGGCCUCCUGGUGGGCACCCUUGAUGUCGUGUUGGACUCCAGUGCCCGGGUUGCUCCUUACCGAAUCCUGUACCAGACACCAGACUCUCUGGUCUAUUGGACCAUUGCCUGUGGUGGUUCCAGGAAAGAAAUCACUGAACACUGGGAAUGGCUUGAGCAGAAUCUACUGCAGACGCUCUCCAUCUUUGAAAAUGAGAACGAUAUCACCACAUUUGUGAGAGGAAAGAUACAGGGCAUUAUUGCAGAAUAUAACAAAAUCAAUGAUGUAAAAGAAGAUGAUGACACAGAGAAGUUUAAAGAAGCCAUCGUGAAAUUCCAUAGGCUCUUUGGGAUGCCCGAGGAAGAGAAACUCGUCAACUAUUACUCUUGCAGCUACUGGAAGGGAAAGGUCCCCCGCCAGGGUUGGAUGUACCUCAGUAUUAACCACCUUUGCUUUUAUUCUUUUCUUAUGGGAAGGGAAGCCAAACUGGUAAUCCGGUGGGUAGACAUCACUCAGCUUGAGAAGAACGCCACGCUGCUUCUGCCUGAUGCCAUCAAAGUGAGCACACGGUCCAGUGAGCAUUUCUUCUCCGUGUUCCUCAGCAUCAACGAGACCUUCAAGUUAAUGGAGCAGCUUGCCAACAUAGCCAUGAGGCAACUCUUAGACAAUGAGGGAUUUGAACAAGAUAGAUCCUUGCCCAAGCUGAAAAAGAAAUCACCUAAAAAAGUGUCUGCUCUUAAACGAGAUCUUGAUGCCAGGGCAAAGAGUGAGAGAUACCGUGCGCUUUUCCGGCUGCCCAAAGAUGAAAAAUUAGAUGGCCACACAGACUGCACCCUCUGGACUCCAUUUAACAAAAUGCACAUUUUGGGGCAGAUGUUUGUGUCCACAAAUUACAUCUGCUUUACCAGCAAAGAGGAGAACUUAUGCAGCCUCAUUAUCCCACUCCGUGAGGUGACAAUUGUAGAAAAGGCGGAUAGCUCCAGUGUACUCCCCAGUCCUUUGUCCAUCAGCACUAGGAACAGGAUGACCUUUCUAUUUGCCAAUUUGAAAGAUAGAGACUUUCUAGUGCAGAGGAUCUCAGACUUCCUGCAACAGACAACUUCCAAAAUAUACUCUGACAAAGAGUUUGCAGGAAGCUACAACAGUUCAGAUGAUGAGGUGUAUUCUCGGCCCAGUAGCCUUGUGUCCUCCAGCCCCCAGAGAAGCACGAGCUCCGAGGCUGAUGGAGAGCGCCAGUUUAACCUGAAUGGAAACAGCGCUCCCACAGCCACACAGACCCUUAUGACCAUGUAUCGGCGGCGGUCUCCUGAGGAAUUCAACCCAAAACUGGCCAAAGAGUUUUUGAAAGAGCAAGCCUGGAAGAUCCACUUUGCUGAGUAUGGGCAAGGGAUCUGCAUGUACCGCACAGAAAAAACACGAGAGCUGGUGCUGAAGGGCAUCCCAGAGAGCAUGCGGGGGGAGCUCUGGCUGCUGCUCUCAGGUGCCAUCAACGAAAAGGCCACACAUCCUGGAUACUAUGACGACCUAGUGGAGAAGUCCAUGGGGAAGUAUAAUCUUGCCACAGAGGAGAUCGAGAGGGAUUUACACCGCUCCCUUCCAGAACACCCAGCUUUUCAGAAUGAAAUGGGCAUUGCUGCUCUGAGGAGAGUCUUAACAGCUUAUGCUUUUCGAAAUCCUAACAUAGGAUAUUGCCAGGCCAUGAAUAUUGUCACUUCAGUGCUACUUCUUUAUGCCAAAGAGGAGGAAGCUUUCUGGCUGCUUGUGGCUUUGUGUGAGCGCAUGCUCCCAGAUUACUACAACACCAGAGUUGUUGGUGCGCUUGUGGACCAAGGUGUCUUCGAGGAAUUAGCAAGAGACUAUGUCCCACAGCUGUAUGACUGCAUGCAGGACCUGGGUGUGAUUUCUACCAUCUCCCUGUCUUGGUUCCUCACACUAUUUCUCAGUGUGAUGCCCUUUGAGAGUGCAGUUGUGGUUGUGGACUGUUUCUUCUAUGAAGGAAUCAAAGUGAUUUUUCAGUUGGCCCUAGCUGUGCUGGAUGCAAACGUGGACAAACUGUUGAACUGCAAGGAUGAUGGGGAGGCCAUGACUGUUUUGGGAAGGUAUUUAGACAGUGUGACCAAUAAGGACAGCACGUUGCCUCCCAUCCCUCACCUGCACUCCCUGCUCAGCGAUGACGUGGAGCCUUACCCCGAGGUAGACAUCUUCAGGCUCAUCAGAACUUCCUAUGAGAAGUUUGGAACUAUCCGAGCAGAUUUGAUUGAACAGAUGAGAUUCAAGCAGAGACUGAAAGUGAUCCAGACACUGGAGGACACUACAAAACGGAACGUGGUACGAACCAUUGUGACAGAAACUUCCUUUACCAUUGAUGAGCUAGAGGAACUUUAUGCUCUUUUCAAGGCCGAGCACCUAACCAGCUGCUACUGGGGCGGGAGCAGCAACGCGCUGGACCGCCACGACCCCAGCCUGCCUUACCUGGAACAGUAUCGCAUUGACUUUGAGCAGUUCAAGGGGAUGUUUGCUCUUCUCUUUCCCUGGGCGUGUGGAACACACUCCGACGUGCUGGCCUCCCGCUUGUUCCAGUUAUUAGAUGAAAACGGAGACUCUCUGAUUAACUUCCGGGAGUUUGUCUCUGGGCUAAGUGCCGCAUGCCAUGGGGAUCUCACAGAGAAACUCAAACUCCUGUACAAGAUGCAUGUCUUGCCUGAGCCAUCCUCUGAUCAAGAUGAGCCAGAUUCUGCUUUUGAAGCGACCCAAUACUUCUUUGAAGAUAUCACCCCAGAAUGCACUCAUGUUGUUGGAUUGGAUAGCAGAAGCAGACAGAGUGCAGACGAUGGCUUUGUUACAGUGAGUCUAAAGCCGGAUAAAGGGAAGAGGCUGAAUUCUCAAGAAAAUCGUAACUAUCUGAGAUUCUGGACUCCAGAAAGGUCUUCCAGGUCGAAGAAUGCAAAGGAUUUACCCAAAUUGAAUCAGGGGCAGUUUAUCGAACUGUGUAAGACCAUGUAUAACAUGUUCAGCGAGGACCCGAAUGAGCAGGAGCUGUACCACGCCACGGCGGCGGUGACCAGCCUCCUGCUGGAGAUCGGGGAGGUCGGCAAGCUCUUCAUCGCGCCGCCUGCCAAGGAGGCCGGGGGCGCGGGCAGCGGGCCCACCUGCAGCCCGGCCAUCCCGGGCGUGCUCUUCCCCAAGAAAGGGCCCGGCCAGCCUUACGUGCUGGAGUCCACUGAGCCCCUCCCGGCCAGCCUGGCGGCCGACAGCGAGGAACACUCCCUCGGAGGACAGAUGGAAGACAUUAAGCUGGAGGACUCCUCCCCCCGGGACAACGGGGCCUGCUCCUCCAUGCUCAUCUCCGACGACGACACCAAGGACGACAGCUCCAUGUCCUCGUACUCGGUGCUGAGUGCCGGCUCCCACGAGGAGGACAAGCUGCACUGCGAGGACAUUGGGGAGGACACAGUCCUGGUGCGCAGUGGCCAGGGCACGGCGGCGCUGCCCCGGAGCACCAGCCUGGACCGGGACUGGGCCAUCACCUUCGAGCAGUUCCUGGCCUCCCUCUUAACUGAGCCAGCGCUGGUCAAGUACUUUGACAAGCCCGUGUGCAUGAUGGCCAGGAUCACCAGUGCAAAAAACAUCCGCAUGAUGGGCAAGCCCCUCACCUCGGCCAGUGACUACGAAAUCUCAGCCAUGUCAGGCUGAUACAGGCGCCUUCCCUGGGGAGGGGCACGGGAGGGGAGGGACUUUUUUAUGUUCCGUGUUGGGGGUUCUUUCUUUCUUUUAAAUUAAAUAUUUAUUAGUACCUGGCUUGAAGCCUAGUGUUUUCAUAAUGUAAUACAAUGAAAUCUGUUGGAGAAAUAUUUGAACACCUCCAUGAAGGUGCAGUACACUCUUGUCGGGGGUGGGGGAUUGACCAAAAUACAGUUUAUUCAGUUAAUUCCAAAAAAAAAAAAAAAAAAAAGAUGAAUCUGUCAGUGAUAUAUAUGUAUUAUGACGUUAAUCUUGCUGUUGAGCUGUACACGUGGUUUAAAAAAUAAUGCUAAAUAAAGCAGCAGUCAUUUGUGUAUUCAGGCUUUCUAAAUAAAAUUAAGGAAAAUGAAAUGCCACAAAUACAAGACUGUUCUUAACUAGGACAGGCAUUGUCAGCUGGGGUAAAUCCUACACCACUUUAAGAAGUCUUAAAAAUAUUUUUUUUAACAUUUGAAGUAUUUUUCUUAAAAGUCCUCUAUUCCAAAAUUAUUUGAUAGUUGUUUCAAGGGGAAAACAUCUGGGGUUCUAAACAGUUACGAAAGCAUAAGUGAUUUUUACAUGACAUCAGAAUAACACUUGUAUAAAAAAAAUUGUUCUGAUUAUUUAUCUCAGCUGACCAGAAUUCAGUGAAAAUUAACAGUCUUUUGUUACAGAGAAUCUGAGAGUGGUGGCAAAGGUGACAGAGGGCUCAGGAUAGGUUUUUGGUUUUGUUUCUGUUUUAAAAGUAAAAGUACCAAUGCUUCUGAUAUUGGAUUUUCAGCUUCUUGUUACUCAUUGCAAAUAAGGGAAAAAAAUGAUAAACUUUACCAUUUCCAUACUCUCCAUAGAUUCAAAAAAUUAUGCCAUGUAUGACAUAUACCAUCUUUCCAUUAAAUCAAUGUAGAGAUCAUGUAAACUGAAAAAAAAAAUCCGCAAGAUAAUGUAACUGAAUGUUUUAAAACAGAACUUGUCACUUUAUAUAACAGAAUAGUAUGCUCUAUCUAUUUCCUAAAUGGAUGUAGAAAUGAAAACUAGCGCACCUGCACUUUGAAAUUCUUGCUUCUUUUUUUAUUACUAUUAUGGUUUUGUUUUUUACGGAUGUUGAGAGAUUUUUUCU